AAAAAAAUAGAAAAAAAACUUCACAUCAAUAAGUGCUAUGGAUUGUCACGUGUACAGCUUGUCACACUCCCAAGCACAAUGUGACUUCUUUCUGCUCAAUUAAACUGGGAUUCUUGGACUUUUUUUCCCGGACUCGGCUGUCCUUCAACCCGUCCUUCGACAGUGACGAUAACCGCAGGUCGCAUCUUUGACUGGAUAACCACACUAUGAUACAUGUCUCACCCCUGCGCCCGCCGCCGCCGCCGAUCGCCCGAGAUUGCUGUAUUCACAAGGUAAAAAGAGCGAGGACAGACAGUGACGGAGCCAGCGAAAACCACACACAGUCAUCCACAAGGUCUAUGGAAAUUCAGCAGUUGGCUAGUCCACACAGCCAAGUCUCCAGUGGUAACGGCAACUCCCCCCAGCAUGACAACUCCACAGACAGCAACUGCUCUGUAACAACCAAUGGAACAGACGGUAACCAUGUAUCUAUGGCAACAACAGCAGAAACUAGUGUGUUGACGAGUACAGAGAGUUGGAAUUCUGUUCACUCCGCAGCCUCAAUCAAGUCCGAACCGCUCAGUAAUAGUGACCCAUCUACGCCAACCGUGAUCCAAGAUGGUGGCUAUGGCGUAAACGCCCAGGCCGAAGGUUACGCAGGGUCAAAUUCAGGGGUUGGAGGUCAAAGUUCAUUGGACAUGAAUCUUCGGCAGCCCAAGUCAGAAUUUCCUUCACAGUAUUACCCGAGCCAAGCCUACCCUCACAUUUUACCCACGCCGUCGGCCCAGGGAAGCAACUUCCAAGCUUCUCAGCAGGCGUCAUUUGGUGUACAGAAUUCUAGUUACCCGUAUGCAGGCCAGUCGAGCCAAACACCCUAUGGUUUAGCCCAGGCAAUGUCUUACGGUACAAAAUCAUUAAAAGCGGACCCGACACAAAUGCAGGGUCAGGGGUCGUAUCUAAGCGCGUAUGGGUCAGCAGGGUUCACAGGGUCAUCUAGUCAGGCUGCUCAAAGCCCGUACUAUCAAAUGCAAGGCGGUAGUUUUACAGGGAGUAGUAGCUAUCCCUAUCCCACAUGUAGUAGUAACACGUCCACAACCAACUCCCAGGGUUUUAAUAGUACACAACAGGGAGAAUAUGGUUCCUAUGGGACGUAUGGUCAGAGCAGUUUCAACCAGUACUACACACCUCCGGGCUACAGCAGUCCGUAUAUGUCAAAUAGCACGCUGGGUCCAACGUCCUCAUCUGUUCCCACGACGACAACGACAUAUCAGCUAGCGCCGUUACCGUCUGAAAAAUUUGUGGAAUCACCUCUUCUGGAAGCCCCAGUGGCGUCGCAAGACGCAUCCGGUAGUGCAAACGAAGUUGAAAGUUCUUUCACCACAGACUCAUCCAUCAAGUUGGACGAGGCCAAUGGAAGAGGAAGACAGGGUAGCAAAGCAAGCAGCACAAGGAAUCGUGGGACAGGGAGGGGGCGGAGAAACAACCCCUCCCCGCCUCCGGAAGAUGGACUAGAGCGAGUGUUCGUUUGGGACUUGGAUGAAACGAUAAUCGUGUUCCAUUCGCUGCUCACAGGGUCGUAUGCUACCCGUUUCGGAAAGGACGCUCCAGCGUCGGUAUCGUUAGGUCUUCGGAUGGAAGAAAUGAUCUUCAACCUUGCCGAUACGCAUCUCUUCUUCAACGAUUUAGAGGAGUGUGAUCAAGUUCACAUAGACGAUGUGGCAUCGGACGACAACGGCCAAGACCUCAGUAAUUACAACUUUCAGACAGACGGGUUCCACGCGGCAGCGACAAGUGCCAAUCUCUGUCUAGCCACGGGGGUGCGGGGCGGGGUCGACUGGAUGCGAAAACUCGCCUACCGGUAUCGCAGAAUAAAGGAGAUUUACAGCGCUUACAAGAACAACGUUGGCGAUUUGGUCUCCAUUUUGCCAGCAGGUUUGCUGGGCCCACAGAAGCGGGAGCAGUGGUUGCAGCUGCGAGCCGAGAUUGAGGCCAUGACGGACUCGUGGCUGACCAUCGCGCUCAAGUCUCUCUCCAUCAUUAACUCCAGAUCAAAUUGUGUGAAUGUGUUAGUCACAACCACCCAGCUAGUACCGGCCGUGGCCAAGGUGCUCUUAUACGGUCUAGGCGGGGUCUUCAACAUUGAGAAUGUCUACAGUGCCACACGGGUAGGAAAGGAGAGUUGCUUUGAACGCAUCGUGGCGCGCUUCGGUCGGAAAAUCACUUACGUUGCAAUCGGAGAUGCCAAAGAUGAGGAGCAAGCUGCUAAACAGAUGGAUUUCCCAUUCUGGCGAGUUUCCAGUCACUCGGACCUGGCGGCGUUACACCACGCGCUCGAUCUUGGCUACCUCUGAAAGACUUCAUCCGAAGACUUUAUAUCACACCUCAAAAUGCCAUCCGUCGUGAAAACAAACCAAAAACUGGACAACGUACAUGGUGCUAGAAACAUGACCGCUCGCCCAUUACAAGAACACUGUGACUCCUAAGGAAAAACAUAAACGUGUGAUGUAUCCACGUACUGAUGAUUCUCAUGAGAAAAAAAAAAUCACUGCAACUGUGGGACUCCCUUAACGGAGAGUUAAAACCCUGUGGAACUGUUAAAAAGCACUGGUCUUUGGAAGCCGAAGUGCUGUGAACUGUGACGGCGCUUUUCGUAGAUCAUCCAGUGCAACUUUCAAAAUUUCUUGUGGUUCCAGAACUGGUGGACUGUUACUCUUUUUAAGUCAUUCUAAGUGUGAGAUUUCAUGUACAGGAUUUGACGUUCACCGACUUCUCACCGAGUCGCUGAGGUUUUGUUGAGUUUCGUCUCUUUUUGAGUAUGUCCAUUGUGUCAAACUGUGCUCUAGGAUAAAUGUUUUUGUCUGUUUCAACCUAGUCUUUUUUGGACGAGAUUUAUACCGCAUCUGGAGAAAUCGCCAAGCUUUAAUGCAACACCGCCAAGGAGCGAGGAGAAACGUCAGUCCAAAAUCCCACUUAUCAGUUAAUUUUGCCAAAAUGAGUUUAUAAAGAAAAUUUUCAACUGUGCUAUCGUGCAAGCUGAAAGAUCUAAAAUCAGUGCCACGUUCGAAUCGAACCACCAACAUCAUAUAAUCUACAAGUUGCUGCACCCAUCGCUAAGGUUUGAGUGCCAAUUCACAAAAGAGUUCAGAUGAUCGUCAAUGAAUCUUGGAUUGGCUCAAAUUUCAGUGCCAUGCAGGGAGUUGAACCUCUGGCAAUUGAUUUCAUAAACAUUAAAAAAAACAUUGUCAUGUAUCGGCAGAUCAGCCAAAUGCAACAGCCAGGAUUCAAACCCACACCAGCCAAAUACAUCAGCCCAGAUUCGAACCCACACACCAGCCAAAUACAUCAACUGGGAUUGGAACCUACACACCGGCCGAAUGCAUCAGCUGGGAUUCGAGCCCACACACCAGCCAAAUGCAUCAGCUAGGAUUCAUACCAACACACCAGCCAAAUGCAUCAGCUGGAAUUCAAACCCACACACGAGCCAAGUGCAUCAGCCAGGAUUCGAACACACCCACCACCUAAAUACACCAGCCGGGAUUCGAAUCCACACACCAGCCAAAUGCAUCUGCCAGGAUUUGAACCCACACACCAGCAAAAUGCAUCAGCCAGGAUUCCAACCAACACACACCCCAAGUGCAUCAGCCUGGAUUCGAACCACACACUAGCCUAAAGCAUCAGCCAGGAUUCGAACCCACACACUAGCCUAAUGCAUCAGCCAGGCUCGAACCCACGCACAAGACAAGUGCAUCAGCCGGGAUUCGAACCCACACACCAGCCAAAUGCAUCAGCCAGGAUUUGAGCCCACACACCAGCCAAAUGCAUCAGCCAGGAUUCGAACCCACACUCCAGCCAAGUGCAUCAGCCAGGAUUCGAACCCUCACACCAUCCGAAUGCUUCGGCCAGGAUUCCAACCCAUACACCAACCAAAUGCAUCAGCCAGGAUUUGAACUCAUCAUCUUCAACGAUCUACAUAAAUACCUAAGCAUUUUGCAAUCGGCUAAUCACGUUUGAAUAUCGACUAUCAAAACAGUUGCCUUCUGAAGAUCUCAUCUUACUCUCUUCUAAAAAAAAAUGUUAAAUAUGAGACAAGAGUGCAUUUUGGGAAGUCAUAAUCAUACUUUCAGUGAAAGUAAUUUGUUUUUCCCGAUAAUUCUGUAUGCUAUACUGAAUAUCAUUGUGAAGUUUAACAUCAAAAUCUUAUCCUUCCCUAGAAAUGAAACCUUUCAAUUUCCAAGGGCGAAUUUUGUGGAGCUGCAGGAGGUAACACACUGAGUAUACAGUGUUUAUAUGUCGGUGAAGGGCAAAACCUAAUAUUGAUCAAAAUCUUGGUAAUGUUUUGUGUUAUUAUUAAUUACUGCUAUAACUGCGUCAAAAACCAAAGACAAUUUUGCAUUUUUUGUUCUUCUGUGUAUAUCCAUAUGAUCUAUUCUACUUUCACUCCUUAGUAUAUGAAGUACAUGUAUUUAUUUUAAGAAAAACACCACUAAAAUCUUUUAGUUUGUGUUAUUAUACACGAUCAGGUCGUAUCCGUCACUUUAGCUGUUGAUUUCUAUAAUAGAAUCUUGUGGGGGUCCAUUUUGUUUCGAUCAUUACGUUCUAGUUGAAAAGAUUUUAAUUUAUAUGAGAUAUAAUAUAUAAUGUAUUGGGUUUUUUUGGCAGCAUAUUCACCCACACCACGUUGUACAUAACUGCACAGUUGUAGACACUCUUUAUUUAUCCCGUUUUGAUUUUGGGGUAAUUUCACCGUAUUUCUCUGCACAGUUUCUCUUUGGAACGAAUGCAAGGCAAAACGUUAGCUCAUAUUAUAUGCUUUUAGUACGGCAGAUAGGUGUGCCUACGAUGAUACAAGCAUGGCAUUUGGCACACAGUCAGAG